AAAAAGAGGAUUUAAGAAGCAUCUUUGCCCCUUUUGUUGAAUGAGAAGGACAGAGGAGGAGCAGCAAGAUGAGCACUAGCACAGUUCCCUAUCAGCAAAACCCGUACAGCCCUGGGAGCGGCUCCACCGUCAUCCAGUGCUACCGCUGCGGAGACACGUGCAAGGGGGAGGUGGUUCGUGUCCAGAGCAACCACUUCCACAUCAGGUGCUUCACCUGCCAAGUGUGCGGCUGCGACCUGGCCCAGUCGGGCUUCUUCUUCAAGAACCAGGAGUACAUCUGCACCCACGACUACCAGCAGCUCUACGGCACCCGCUGUGACAGCUGUGGGGACUUCAUCACCGGGGAGGUCAUCUCCGCCCUGGGAAGGACCUACCACCCCAAGUGCUUCGUGUGCAGCACAUGCAGGAAGCCCUUCCCCAUCGGAGACAAAGUCACCUUCAGCGGGAAGGACUGUGUCUGCCAAAACUGCUCCCAUUCGCUGAUCAGCACCAAGCCCAUCAAGAUCCACGGGCCCAGCCGUAAGUUGACCGCUCUCAUACAGCGCGGGAGGAAUGAGACGGUGAGGGAGUCCUGGAGAAACCUCAUCCGGCCCUCAGGGCCUGAAAACCUGCAGUACCAAAGGCCAGAGAGAGAAAAGGGACAAGGAGGAGUCAAG